CUUAAUCAUCGGUCUCCAUCCCACAGGACCAAUUCAAUUCUGAGAACUGCUACCCCGCAUUUGACUAUGGUAUAUAUUCCAUAAGUGCAUUAUUAAAGCUUAACGCGCUGCGAUUUGAUUACCAUAAUGGGCUAGACAAGGAUAAUGGCCCCGGGUUUCCCCUCGAACCGAUGGAAAGAUUAGGUAGGUAGCGAUGGUACUUAGGAGUAGCCUGUACACGCCGCAGUGACCAAGUGAGAGGAACACUCAUCGCUCAUGCUAUCCAGACAUUGAAGAGACUGUUCAGACAAAUGGAAUCUGGGAAGGAAAAACGCAGAGUAGGAAAAAGAUCUUCUAAUGCGUGCACACGAUGUCGAAGGCAAAAGAUCAAGUGUUCGGGAUCGCAACCGUGCAGUGGGUGCAGCAAGCGAAACCUGCCAUGCAUCUUCGAUGACCGGGAUCAGAAAAUGAUGGUGACCAGAGGAUACAUUAUCGAUCUCCAGCGACAGAUUGUGUCUUUGAGACGAAUGAGCAAAGGCCAUACUCCGUCCAGUCCGGACGUUACAGACCCAGAACAAGACACAAUUCUGGAAGAUGAUAUGGAGGCAGGUUCAAUCCAGGACGAGGAACAAGCGCAAAUCGAGGACCGAGAUGCUCCGUCAGAAAAGGAAAUGGAAAAUAUCCCCUCAGGUUUAACAAAUCCACUUUCUACAGGACCGUCAGCCUACAUGUCAGCAGCAAACGGAAGGGCCUUUUAUCUUGGAACUUCGUCAAACUGGUCAUUUGCGAGACGAGUUUUAGCCAUGGUUUAUGAGCACAUUUACCAAGAACCCCUCCCGACAGAGACACUAUUGUUUGACGGUUCUGCUUACGAUUUAGGAUGGGAUGGAUUCCGCACUUCCAUUCCCGAGGAACCUGCUAUUCCAACUACUGAUCACGCUAUUUACUUAAUCAACUCUGUCAAAUUCCAUUGCGGUCAACUGUUCCACCUUUUCGAUGAAGAGGAGUUUAUGAGGUCACUUUACGAUUUUUAUUCGGACUCUAACAGUCGAACAUCUAAAACGAACCUCUGGUAUAUCCACUUUCUCGUCAUUCUCGCGUUUGGAAAAGCAUUUGUGUUGCGGAAGAACGACGGCAGAAAACCUCCUGGUGCCGAAUUCUUUGUCCUCGCUCUUCAACUUCUGCCAGACGUAAGCGUUCUCUGCAAGGAACCAGUUAUAUCAACGGAAAUCCUUUGCUGCAUCGCUUUAUACCUUCAGUCCUUGGACUUUAGGCAUUCGUCCCACCAAUAUAUCGGGCAAGCAAUGCGUAUGGCGUUAGGAUAUGGAAUGCAUACAGAUAUGCCAGUUCAAUACUUGGGAGAGCGUCUAGUGCAGAGGUGUCGAAAGAUCUGGUGGACGGUAUACAUACUGGACAGAGAAAUGACAUCCUUAUUCGGCCUACCGCAAUCGAUACGCGACGAUCAUCUGCAUAACCAAGCACCAACGUCUAUGGUCUCAGCACAGCGGACGGCGGCUCUAAAUAUGCAAAUAAAGUUGUCUCGGGUGAUAGCAGGGAUAAACGAGACUAUCUAUGGUCCUGACGGACGACUCAACACGAGCUUUUUGCUCAGCACCAAGUCAGCACUCGCAAGCGUAGCAGGUCUAGCCGAUGAGAUGCGACGAAUGUUACCUAUUCCACUGGAAAACUCCGCUAGCGGUAUAUCCAGGCUGGCAGCGUAUAUACAUCUUCUUUACCACCAGUGCAUUGUCCUUGCCACAAGACCGCUGUUGUUCUCAUUCCUUAAGAUACGAAUAUCCUCUCCAGAGACUCUUGCCGAUUCUCUAAGCUCUUCUCCGACAGUUCGGAAUGUGCUGCAGAUGUGCAUCGACUCUUCCAUUCAAAUGAUCAAUAUCCUCGGAAACCUCCAAACACAGGGUCUUCUAGAGACAUUCCUCUACUUCGAUCUUGAGUCUGUAUUCGUAUCAGCAAUGGUGCUUUUGCUUGCGCCCGUGAUUGAUACUCGGCUUCUCGAGACCCGGUCACCAUGGCUUCAAAAGUCACACUCCAUCAUCGAUGACAUGAUAUCAAGCGGAAAUUUGAUUGCGAAGUUCAGAAAGUCUGAGCUACAACAAGUGGAGGGCGUAUUGGAUCGUUUAUCAUCGUCCUGGCCUAUACCGGCUACCAAUGUUGCCGUUUCUCGAGAUAGCGGUGCUGUUAACCAACCAGGUCCCGCGCUUGCACAAGAACACCCAAUGCAAUUUACAGAAAAUAACUUCAGCUCAGAAAACCAGGAACAGUAUGCUUUCAACGAAGGGUUUACGACAGCACAGAUACUGGCCGUGGCCAACUCGAUUGAGAGUGGAGACGCGGAAUGGGUGUCUCAAGCUCUGGCGCAAAAUAACAUAUGGUAGAAUUCCAUAUCAAUGUAACUAAGAAAAUUGGAUCUCACGACACUUCUUAGAAGGUUGCUAUAUGGAAAAUGAAGGCCUCUACCGUAUGUGAUGACGCCUAGCCUCUUGAAUGUGUAUUUAUACACUUCAUAUUGAUUGCGCUGCACAGUUUUCCUCUAAAUUUCGAAAGACUAUGUAGUGGUCUUCUGAUGUACGAGGUCUAUGGCAAUAAUUGAAAUCAAUUAGCUAGC